AUGGACUUUGACUUCAAUGCUCCGGCACAGCAAGCCCCUGGAGACCCGUUCGCUCUUCCUCAGCAAAGCUCCGAAUCAGCCCCCAAGAAGAAACAAUCGAAGUGCAAUUUAGAGCAUGUGGUGGUCUACUCCUUUUUCAUCAUACUUAAGUCUGCUUCUCCUGUGUUAGCUAUUGUUAUGCUUGGAAUAGAUUUGGGCGUGGUAAAACUCCUUCCCCCUGCUAUGCUACUUACUGUGAUGGACGAGUGGUUUACGCAUCACAUCGCUGGCAGACGUAUGGUGCGUCUUCGCUAUCAUAUCUACGGAGUUGAUGGAAAGUCUUACAUUCAUUAUGAAUACGACACGCAGACAAAGGCCAACAAGUGCGAGGCCAUAACGUUCUGGACGUUUCUCUGGGUGCUCCCUUUAUUCUGGGUAAUAGUUCUCAUAAUUAACAUUGUCUCGUCCACAAUAAAGAUAAUAACAUUCAAAUUUAACGCUACUAUCAUACUAUACGCGAUUUCACAGGGCAUAUUUAGUUGUUUCUCCAUCUACAAGUUCAUGAUGACGCGCGUAGCUCGUUCAGCAAAGAUCAGAGAAGAAAGGAGGACGGGUAGAACAGCUCCCGCUCCCAUAUCUGCCCCUCAGAAUAACGACUACACUGCCCCUCAGCCCCAGCAACAGCAACAGCAACAGCCUGAUCAAUUUGUGUUUUAG